GAGGGAAAAGCAAGAUGGCGACGGAGGUGCACCCUGAGGCCCCCAAAGCCGGGGAACUCCCGUUGCCAGGCUACGCGGCCUGGUCCCCCAACGAGCUGCAGGCCAAGCUGGCUGAGAUCGGGGCGCCGACGCAGGGGAGUCGUGAGGAGUUGGUGGAGCGGCUGAAGACAUACACACUUCAAACUGGGAUAGUGCUCAACAGGCCUGUUUUGCGGGGAGAUGAUGGAGACAAGCUGACCCCACCUCCUAUGCCAGUACAGCACCCUGGCAUGCCCAUGCCGCCUCCUCCAAUGGGCAUGCCGCCCCCACCACCCCCUCCCCCCGGCAUGGGCCUCAACUUCCCCAUGGGAGUGGGGCCCCCUCCUCCGCCCCCCGGCAUGGGCCCUCCUCCGCUCCGUAUGCAGGCGAUGGAUCCCUCCGCGCUGCCUGAGGAAGAGCGGCUGAAGCUGGCCCAGCAGCAAGCUGCCAUGUUGAUACAACAGGAAGAGCGCGUCAAGCAGGCUGCUGCCCUUAUGGAACAGGAGCGUCAGCAAGAGAUGUCCAAGAUGUCCCCUUCAGUACCAAGAGCUACUCCAGACUUGGGACCCAGGCCUCCGGGGCUCCCAAGAGGAACCCCUCCUUUGAGCUCACCUGUUGGAAUGCCGGGCCCAAGACUCCGCGGCCCACCUCCUCCCCCUGGAGAAGACAGUCGAGAGAUUGAUGACUCCGGGGUGGGACCCAAAAUCCCUCAAGCCCUGGAGAAGAUCCUUCAGCUCAAGGAGAUCCGCCAGGAGGAGCUGACCGCUGUGCCCAGUGCCACAGAUGACGACAUGGAGACUGAAUUGAGGGCAUUAGCAGGCAUCACUGCAUCGGACACAGAGGAGGACGCUUCGGGUCUCUCAAAGAAGGAGAAAAACCGCAAGCGGCGGAACCGGAAGAAGAAGAAGAAGCCGCAAAAUGCAUCAGCCCCGAAAGGGAGCCCGGCUGCCAAGGAUGCCAAGGGACAUGGAGAUGAGUCCGGAAGUGACACCGCUGUGGAAAUCGAGUACGUCACGGAGGAGCCGGAGAUCUAUGACCCCAAUUUCAUUUUCUUCAAGAGGAUCUUUGAGGCGUUCAAGCUGACCGACGAUGUCAAAAAGGACAAGGAGAAGGAACCGGAAAAGGCAGACAAAGUGGCCAGUUCAGCUGCUCCUAAGAAGAAAGGCUUUGAGGAAGAACGGAAGGACAGCGACGACAGCUCGGAUGACGAACAGGAGAAGAAACCAGAAGUCCCCAAACUCUCCAAGAAGAAACUGAGGCGAAUGAACCGCUUUACUGUGGCUGAGCUCAAACAGCUCGUGGCCCGUCCGGACGUGGUGGAGAUGCACGACGUGACCGCCCAAGACCCCAAGCUCUUGGUCCACUUGAAGGCCACUCGCAAUUCGGUCCCGGUCCCUCGGCACUGGUGCUUCAAGCGCAAAUACCUGCAGGGCAAGCGGGGCAUUGAGAAGCCGCCCUUCGAGCUCCCGGAGUUCAUCAAGCGGACGGGGAUCCAGGAGAUGCGGGAGGCCCUGCAGGAAAAGGAGGAGCAGAAGACGAUGAAAUCCAAGAUGAGGGAGAAGGUCCGCCCCAAGAUGGGCAAAAUCGACAUUGACUACCAGAAGCUGCACGACGCCUUCUUCAAAUGGCAGACGAAGCCCAAGCUGACCAUCCAUGGGGACUUGUACUACGAGGGGAAGGAAUUCGAAACGCGGCUGAAGGAGAAGAAGCCCGGCGACCUCUCAGACGAGUUGCGCAUCGCCCUGGGCAUGCCGGUGGGACCGAAUGCACACAAAGUUCCCCCGCCUUGGCUGAUUGCCAUGCAGCGUUAUGGGCCCCCUCCUUCCUAUCCCAACCUGAAGAUUCCUGGCUUGAAUUCUCCCAUUCCAGAGGGAUGUUCAUUCGGGUACCAUGCAGGCGGAUGGGGCAAACCCCCAGUCGAUGAAACUGGGAAGCCUCUCUACGGCGAUGUCUUUGGGACCAACGCUGCUGAGUUUCAGACCAAAACGGAGGAGGAGGAGAUUGACCGGACCCCUUGGGGGGAGCUGGAGCCCUCGGACGAGGAAUCCUCUGAGGAGGAAGAGGACGAAGACAGCGAUGAAGACAAACCGGACGAGACAGGGUUCAUCACCCCGGCGGACAGCGGCCUGAUCACUCCAGGCGGCUUCUCUUCGGUUCCCGCCGGAAUGGAGACACCGGAACUGAUCGAACUGCGCAAGAAGAAGAUCGAGGAGGCUAUGGAUGGCAGCGAGACGCCACAGCUCUUCACCGUUCUGCCGGAAAAACGGACCGCCACGGUUGGGGGAGCCAUGAUGGGUUCCACACACAUCUACGACAUGGCGACGGUGAUGAGCCGCAAAGGUCCGGUGCCGGAGAUCCAGGGCGUGGAGGUGGCUUUGGCCCCCGAGGAGCUGGAGCUGGACCCCAUGGCCAUGACACAGAAGUACGAGGAGCACGUGCGGGAGCAGCAGGCCCAGGUGGAGAAGGAGGACUUCAGCGACAUGGUGGCCGAGCACGCCGCCAAGCAGAAGCAAAAGAAACGGAAAGCUCAGCCGCAGGACACCAGAGCGGGAGCCAAGAAGUACAAGGAAUUCAAGUUCUAGCCCUUCUCUCUCCCUAUCCAUUUGUGUAUUUGAAAUAAUGUCUUUCCCUGCUUUCCCCGAUCCCUACCCUGACCCUUUUCCUUCUCAGCCUGAGGUCCUCUGUUGCUGCCAGGAAGCCCUUUUCCUUCCGUCUAGGCUUAAGCUGUGGAUUUAAUUUUGUAAAUAAAGAUGGAGUUGUGCUCUGGA